AAGAGUACAAAAAUGGUGGAUUGUAUAGCCAAAGACUGGAGGGUUCUUAGCGGGGAAAAUAACUGGGAAGGCUUGCUGGAUCCUCUCGAUAUCAAACUCCGUCGAUACAUCAUUCACUAUGGAGACAUCGCCCAAGCCACUUAUGACACUUUCAACUCAGAGAAGGUUUCUAAGUACGCUGGGAGUAGCCUAUAUUCGAAGAGAAACUUCUUCUCCAAGGUUGGUUUAGAGAAGGGCAGCCCGUUCAAGUAUCGAGUUACAAAGUUUUUCUAUGCAACAUCGUCUAUAAAAGUCCCUGAGAUUUUUAUAAUCAAGUCAUUUUCCCGGGAGGCCUGGAGCAAGGAAUCAAACUGGAUAGGUUACGUUGCAGUGGCCACAGAUGAAGGGAAGGAAGUUCUUGGGAGGAGAGACAUCGUUAUCGCCUGGAGGGGAACUGUACAAGCCUUGGAGUGGGUCGACAACUUUGAAUUCAAAUUAGUCUCUGCCUCAGGAAUACUAGGUAACGAGCAUGGUGAUCCUAAGGUGCACGAGGGUUGGUACUCGAUCUACACCUCAUCAGAUCCCCGUUCACCAUUCUGUAAGACCAGUGCUCGUAAUCAGGUUCUCGAAGAGGUCAAGAGACUAAUGGGGCAAUUUAAGAAUGAGGAGAUAAGCAUAACUGUGACAGGCCAUAGUUUGGGUGCAGCACUUGCAACUCUUAACGCAAUUGACAUUGCUGCUAACGGAUUCAACAAACUGGGCAAUGUGCCAAACAAGGGCUGCCUGGUCACGGCCCUAGUAUUUGCUAGUCCCAGGGUAGGCGACGCAAACUUCAAAAAGCUGUUCUCCAAACUCCGACAUCUCCGAGCCCUGAGGAUCAGGAACGCUCCUGAUAUAGUCCCUCGGUACCCAUGGAUAGGAUUCUCCGAGGUCGGGCAUGAACUGGUUAUCGAUACGCAGAAAUCCCAGUUUCUUAAGCAGCGGCCCUUGGACUUCUCCUUUUGGCAUAACUUGGAAGCAUACCUACACGGAGUAGCUGGGACACAGGGAAAGAAUGGAGGGUUUCACCUUGUGAUUGAUCGUGACAUCGCCCUCGUGAAUAAGUCCGCAGAUGGUUUAAAGGAGGAGUAUGGGGUACCAGCAUCGUGGUGGUGCGAGAAGAACAAGGGCAUGAUUCAGAAGGAAGAUGGAUCUUGGGUAUUGAUGGAUCAUGAAGUUGAUGAUGAUUUCUAGGCAUUUUGCUAUUAUUAUAUUAAAAUUAGAAGAUCAGCU